CAGGGGUCAAACGAUGAACUUGUAAACACAAAACUGCACUUUGAACUAGUUCUAUUUAGGCUUGUAUGUCGCGAUGGAGGACAUUAUAACUCUACUGGGAACGUACAGGGGGAGGGAUAAGUUCAUUAGAACUACUAGUUAUGUUUUACAUGUAAUCGCUGGUACGAGGAAUCCAGAAAAUGAAGCUACAAUCCGAGGAAUUUGUGCUCAGUUCAGCAAAGCUAGAGUGAUCUUGAGACUGUUUGAUGAUCUGCCCAUGUUAGGUUACUCUCUUUCAUAUGGACUAGGAAAACAUGAGAAAGACCCAAUUAUUAGAAUUCUGAGUGUGCUAGGGUUAAUAUCUGGCCAGGCUUACUUCCCCGUAGAGCAUAUAGCUUGGGCAGCUGACGCUGGUCUCAUAAAUGUGAAAGACUCAUCAAAAUGGUGGCAGGCUGGCACUGCCUUAUGGGGAUGCUCUCUAGUCAUUGGCAUUUUAAGGAGUUUACGGCUGCUGGCAAGACUACAAGGGAAGAUAGGUCAUAUGAAGAAACAGAGAAAACUGGAAGCUUCUAGUGAGUAUGAACAAACUUACAAAAGUGAGAUGGCUAAUAUCCGCAAACAAGCUCAGGGUGAAUUCUUAACCAUUGCAAUCAACCUCGCAGAUUUGAUGUGUGCAGUUAAUUGGCUCCCAGAAGGUUUCCUAUGGUCUGGUACCUUCAAUGCUACACAGACAGGUGUCUUUGGGUCAAUAUCCUCCAGUCUAGGACUUUUGAAACUGUUUAUAGAGCAAAAAGCAGCUAAGAAAAAAGCAGCUUAGGGUAGUAGGUACUGUUGAAUGAUGUUAUAACUUGUCAAUGGUACCUUUUAUCAAGCAGGUUUAAUUGCUUUGUAAAGCAUUUUGACAAAAAAAAGCUUAACGCGGAAGCAAUAUUUAGUGUUAAACAGGCACAGAAUGCUUUUUUGGGAAGCCCUUUGUCGAAAUGCUACAUGAUGAAGCAAUUUAACUCUGCAGCAUAACAGUCAUCAAUUUCUUGAUUCAUUUUGCCGUCACUUGUUUUGGAUUUCAAAGGUACCUUGAAACAGCUGGUUUUUUUAAACGUUUUCCGGACUCUAUUACAGAAUACAGAAAGACAUAGAAAUAAUUCUAUGUGUAUAUUAUAAAAUAGUUUUACCUACAAAUGAUAUUUCAUGUACACUGGUGAUCCACUCGAUU